AUGGCCCCUGUUUCCGCCUUACUCUGUCCCCUGCGACAGAUGUUCAACGGCCAUCGAAUGCGGCGGAAGCAGUCGCUGGGUUCGCUCGGUAACCUUGCCACGGUAUUGCUUGUGGCAACUGUGGUCGCCCCUUUAUGGCCCCAGUAUGCUACUGCGACCAGUCCAACCCGGCGGGAUUUAGCGCGAACCGACCAAUCCCUUUGUGUUCAGAGCGGCCAGAAGACUACGUGUAUAUGCAAAGACGAGAGUGCCCCUUCCGUCGCGGGGACUGCUACAAUCUCAGCAAGUGUCACAACACUUCAUCUCCAGUGCAAACCCUCAAGCCUUGCGUAUGCGCCCGACGGGCUCAGUGAUGCAACAGUGUGUCCAGUCGGAACAGAACAGGUCUACAAUUGCAAAGCAAAGAACCAAGGAACCAAACCGUGCGUAGCGUUGUCCACCAUCCUUGUUGGGAAUGUCACGCCCGCGUGGACGGCCGAAACCGAAGCGCAAGACGGCACUUUUAAAUCUCUAGUUGUCACUAAAGCCAACCUCCCCUUUGUGGACAAGCAGUUCGUGGUCGGUUGUGUCAAAGAGGAGAAUGCUGCUUGCACUGUGGCGGUGGCGGUCAACGCAAGACCGACAGAGAAGACAGGCCAGACCGUCACUUGCGCAUAUGGAGAGAACAGCAACCUCACGCCCCAGACGGUGGCACUGAACCCGUCAAACAGGAGCUUCACUCUGGUGUGCGGCGAGGACGGAGAAGUGGUGCCUGCGAACUACCAGGCGUCGUUCUGCCCUGUUGGUGCAGAAAAGAGGGACGACCAGAGCGGUGCGUGCACCGAGAGCUACUCACAGAUUCUGCCCGCAUAUGAGACUAGUUGGUGGAGAAACGAUGGAGGAAAGUCUUCAUAUACGCUCACCAUUCCGGCGGACAAGUUCCCGGAGACUGAGGCGAAACUGAACAUUCGUUGCCAGAAGAAGGGUGCUUCAAGCAGCAACCGGAGUGAGGCGCCAGCUACACCGAACCCGAGCGUGUGCAGCGUUGAUGUGACAAUCGAGGGCGUUAAAGCCUCUAGUUCUGCGCCUGUGGGCGUGUGGAUCGGGAUCAACUUCGUUAGCUGCUUCUCUGUCGGAGCGGCCGUAGUCGUGGCUUCACUCGCGCGGAUGCUUUGA